AUGGCCGCUCUAGGCCGGUCGUCGUUCCGCGCGCCUCUCAGGCUGGGCUGCUUCUGUGCAGCCGCUCCUCUCGCGGCCAAGAAUGCCAGAGUCAGGGAUGCGCGCAGCGUGAGAAACAACGAGACGCCCUCCCGGUGCGACGGGCGAGACGCGGUGGGCAACCCGGGCGUCGUUUGUCGCGAGGCGCGGUUUCAGGCGUUCGUCGAACUUGCAUCCAUCCCGCUGAUGAGCAGUAGCCAUUUGCCCGAGGCUUCGGAUCGCUGCGCCGAUCGCCGCGAUCUCGGCGCUCGCUUGUGGCUGAAGCAGGACGCAGGCAGAUCGCUGGAAUGCGCGUUGACAGCCAAAGACUUCCGCCGCCCUCGCGCAAACGCAGGACAAGACAUCCAGGGUAGGGCCCUGGCCGCGUCCGCGCAGAGGCUCGAACGCCCGAGUCCGCUGCUGCCUGCAGUCCAGGUGCAGCUGCCGAGUUCGGUGGCGUCGGGCUGCCCCGCCUCGUUUUCGUCGCCUGCGGAUGCGCCUGAAGGGAAAUCGGCGGACGCGCCUGCGUGUGUGCAUAUCUGCCGCCAAGCGGCAGGAGAGGAGUCCUCGUGUGACGCUACUUCAGGAUCAACAGAGGGGGGGACCGAGCGGGCUGCCGAGGUCGCAGACGAGAGACAGAUAGGGCUCGUGCGGCUCGGUCGCCUCCGCAGAUGGCGUGUAUGGAGCAGCCAGUAUCUCCGAGGGCUGCUUGGCGAGCUGCCGGGAUUUCUUCUCUGCUUGCCUCCGGUGGAAGCGUGUGCCAACGCUGCGGCGCACAGCUGCGGCGAAACGGCGCUCGCGGCGCACGCUGCACAGGGUGGCGAGCGGACUGGCGCGCAGCGGCCGCGGGCUGAGGGCGAGACGCGGGCGAGGGCCGAGCGCGGCAGUGGAGUGGGAGACAGGGACGCACACCAGGUCCAAGGCAUGCGGGCGACGGGAGCGAAUUGCCGGCCGAAGUGUUGCUGUCAGCCAGGGCAUCCAGGUGCUAGCGAAGGGCUGGACGCAGUAGACCGAAGAUGCGUAUUUACCUUGCACCGGACGAGAGAGGGAGGCUCAGAAUUUACAGGGGAGCGAGAGCGGGGCGCGCCAGUGAGGCUCGACCACAGAACAGCCUCGGGGGAAGAAUCCGCAGAAGAGGAAGAUCGGAUUCUUCGGCGGCUCACUCAGGCGCAGGAAGGCGCCUCGUGCUUCGCCCUUGGCGAGGCCGGAGGCAAUGAAGCCGAUACCACGGCGUUACUUCUCGCAUUGUGUUUGGAUCCUGGCCUCCGCCAGGGGUUUCAGGGGAUCGCGAUGGACUGCGUGUUCGCUGACUGUAAGGAGCCGGUCUGCAGGACAAAACUUCCGCUAGAGUCUGGCUCUUCGGGACUUCUUUCUGUAGGGAUCUCAGAGGCGUGUCUCCCGUCUCUACGCGCACUUCUCUGGAAGCUACCCGCCUCCCUGCGCCCUACGCUCCAAGUCGUCCGCUUGUUUGUGGAUCCUGUGGAGCGGGAGGACACCGGGUCAGUGCACUCUCCGCUCUUCACGGCGCAGCCGAGGCAAGAGAGAGUUCCACCUGGGCUGUGCGGUCUCGGGGCGCCUGCGGAGACUUCCGGCUCGAUGUGCGGGGGGACGACUCGCACGCCGCGCUGCUCCGAGGGCAGUGCGAAACAUGGAGCGAUUGGCGGCUGCCUGAACGCGGAGUGCAGCGCCGGUCCGCCUGCGAUGUCUGCGGAACUCGACCUGACGGCUAACUCGUCGUCCGCAGGCAGACGUAGCGGGCUGGGGGCUGUGCGUGGGGUGCCUGGAGGGACGGCGGAGGCGGUUCGAGAGUUCUGGGCUCAUGCCGCCGAGAGCGCUCAGCCUCAGCGACAGACAGAACUUCUACCGCGAGGCAUUCAGGGAGAAGCAACUGGAAGACUAGCUCGCGAUGGGCAGGCUGACGCUGAGAUGGGGGGCUGUGCGUCCGCUGUUCCGGCUCCGUGUUUCGCUGUUGACGGAAGGGGGGAAGGAAAUCUCAGGAGAUUUCUGUUGGAACUGCUCGCGGUAUACACAAGUGUGACCCGCGUUGAAGUACGCAUUCUACGAGGCGACCCCGGAACGAAUUUCUCGGCCUGGAACGUGGAGGAGGCCUCGUGGACGAGUGAAGACGAGUGUUGCUCCUGUUUGCUGUCACAGAGUGCCCGCCUCUGCGCACUUCACGCGGUGCUGCUCUCGCUUCAGUUUGAGUUAGUGGCUGUGCGGCGGGCUCAGUAUGUCUUCGAGACUUUCAUGACGUAUGAGACGCGCGCGUAA